AUGAACACUCGCCGUAAGAUGACUCAGGCGAAGCCUGAUGUCCCGUCGACGCACUGGCAUCUGAUGAGCGAGGACUUCUAUCCCCUCUUCGAGGUGGACAGGCGGCAGCAUGUGGAGUACUGGUACAACAUGACUGCCACGGGUGUGCAACGUGACAUCUUCCGCCGCAUCUGCAACGCCAUUUAUCGGCAAGAUCCCGCCACCCCGGACCCGAUCUUCAACGUCGCCUUCUGUGAGACCGUCGAGCUGGAACAGGUGAGCCUUCUUCUAAAGAACUACGGGUCCGUACUUUCGGACAAUGUUGGCAAGCCAAAGACGCGUGUGUGGCUGCUGCACUGCGGCAAGUCGAGCCGCGACCGAAACGAGUUUCGGUCCGUCUUCACUGGCUGCCAGACCACCUACGAGAGACGCAGUGUCAUGCACACAGACUACGUAGCCCCAAAUCCUGCCAGCUACCCGGCCGAUCGCACCCAUUUUGUGCGGUCCGUUAACUGGACUAGUCUGAAGACGCGAGAGGCGAUGCUAAACCUAGAGGCGCAACGCCGCGCGAACGGAGGGGUCAUGAGAAGUCAGAUGGACAAGCUUGCCUCGACUAUCGCCGGCGAGCAACGCCGGAUGAAUAGCGACGGGAAGCCGAUGCAGCGCACGUCAAAGCCGAAGAAUCAGUUUGACGGGGUGAACGUCUUGUCGUCUCUGGGCUUUGACGGGGUGCCUGCGGAGGAGGCGGUGGCGCAGCUAAAGGCGAAACAGAACGCGCACCGGGAGGCUGAGUGGUACUACGUGGACAAGGAUGGCAGCACCGUCUACAAGGCACGUCCCACCAAGGGCCCGACUGUUGCCUCCGUUGCUAGGAGGCCUGAGAGGGGUGAGGGCGGAAUUCUUGCCUCCGUCACCUCGGAGCCGAUGACGCUGUGGGUGAACAAGACGUGCUGUUAG